AUGACAUCACUCAAGGGCACUGCGCGGGAGAUGCGGGAGGCGGCGGCGCAACUCGCAGAGGCACGCGGGUUGCAGCCGGACGAGCUGCCGUGUCGUCAAGACGGCCUGCUGUUGUUUGCUGUUGCAGCACUCAAAGAGUUGGAAGCAGAGGCCCUGUCUUCUUCGUCAACCUCAGAGGUGGCAGCCGCUGCCAAGAGUGCAAGGCAUGCGCUGCGCUCAUACCUCCCACGCCCGCAGCAGGAGACAGGGGGCGGCGCAAAGCGAGAUCGUGGAGAUGCACAUGGCGACGACCAGAUUCACAACACCAGCAACGAGGAUAAUGUCGAUCUUGGGCAGUACGCCCACACCAGCGUGUUUGAUGGCAACGAGAGGAAGCGCGCGAAGUUUGCACGGUUGAUGGGUGGCGGGAAAAGCGAGGUGUCGCACCACGACACCUUCGCCGCGGACGCCAACACGCUGAAGCGUAUCAAUGGUAACCUGGAGGAGCAGUUUAACACUGCGAUUACUCGACACGGCAAGAAAGGACUUGGUGCGUAA